CGCUCUCCUGGGCGUCUGUAAACACACCCAGACUGUCAUGGAGGGGGAGGAGGAGGCGGCGGCGGCGAAGGGAGGCGUUUUGGGCCGCCUCCAGGGUCCGCUCUGCCAUUCCUGAACUGGUCCCUCGUCCCCGUGACUGUGGCAUCGGGGAAGCGAACUGUUAGGCGAGAGGAGGAGACAGUCAGAACCAUAUCCCCUUCUUCCCCCGGGGCGGGGGCCGGGCCGGGCCAGGCCGGCGGAGCCGGGGAGGGCAAGGGGAGGGAGCGCCUGGCCAGGCCGGCCUGUCUGCCGAGAUGGAUGACAGUAAGGUUGUUGGAGGCAAAGUAAAGAAGCCUGGCAAACGUGGUCGGAAGCCAGCCAAAAUUGACUUGAAGGCAAAACUUGAGAGGAGCCGGCAGAGUGCAAGAGAAUGCCGGGCCCGAAAGAAACUGAGAUAUCAGUAUUUGGAAGAGUUGGUAUCCAGUCGGGAAAGAGCCAUAUGUGCCCUCAGAGAGGAACUGGAAAUGUACAAGCAGUGGUGCAUGGCAAUGGACCAAGGAAAAAUCCCUUCUGAAAUAAAGGCCCUACUCACUGGAGAAGAGCAGAGCAAAUCUCAGCAGAACUCAAGCAGGCACACGAAAGCUGGGAAAACAGACGCUAAUAGCAAUUCCUGGUGAAGAUCAUAUAAAAUGAUGAGCCAGUGAUUGAAGCCAAUAUCCUGAUUCCUAUGGAGGAUGAAUGGGCAAGAUUGUACCUCUUGGCUCCAUUUACUACCUACUGCUCAGUAGUCAUCUCUGUAAAUCUGCAAUUUCUACCAAAACGUGUGAUCAUAGAUCUCAAAGGAUUUUGCUUUAACUUUUAACACUUAGAAAAUUUGCAAACAUUCAGACCUGUUCUGGUUGGUAUUGCCACCUGUGGCAUUUAACAUGUUGCAAUGCUUGAAAACACAGGAGUAGAGGAAAAUGGGUAAAAAUUGUAUUUUUGCACCUUAACUCCACAUUGCUUUUCUGGUUAAUUUAUAUUCUUUCCAUAUAAUUCAUGUAUUUGUAUGUGUAUGUGUGUUUAGGUGUCACUCCUUUUAUGUUCUUUAUUGCCCUGCAAAGAGAAACCAAGUGGGCUGAUUACUGACUGUAAGUUCUUAGCCUUUAUGGACCUAAUUUUAUUUCUUUAUUUUUACUUGAGAAACGUAUUUUCUGCAUGAACCAUAAUUUCUCCUGUGAGCCAUUCCAGCAUAAGCUGUGAAUAUGUAUUAACAAAUAUAUACAUUUCUAUUUUUUUAAUCCAUAACGAUAUGCCUGUUUUAAAUAAUGUACAUGUUAACAACAUCCAUCAGGAAAGCCCUCAAGACAGCCUCUAUUCAGUAAAACUUUGGUUGCUGUCUUUUCAAACUGUGUUUAUAAAUGUUUGCUAGGGCCUAAUCCAUACUUAGAAAAAAACAAUUUAAAAAUUUUAUUUUUAAACAAGAAAUAACCUUUUAGGCACUUCAGCAGCAUACAUCAUCUUGACAACCCAGAGUAUAUAUAUAUAUAUGUAUGUUUCUAUUGUAUGUCUGUAUAUGUAUGUAGGUAGGGCAGGAGUGAAUGUACACACACAUUUCCUUGUGUAAUCAACUAACUAGGAGAAUUUUUUUGAAGAAAAUGGGAUGAAAUUAGCUGCUGAGAUUGAGUUUCUGCCUCAUGAGAUCUGGAACAAAAUGAGGGGCAAAUUGCUCGUAGAUCUAAUAACCAGAACCCUUAGUUUCUUCCCUGACCUGAGUUUCCUUAUGAACGAGCUCUGAGUCAGAAAGAAACACACUGUGGGUACACAUCUGGCACGGAACACUGUAGCCAGAGUCUGCACAGCCCCAGCUCGCGGGCCUGGCAAGAGGUGCAGGAGGCCAGAGUAGUUCUUUCCAGUUCCCACCACAGCUCUACAUUUACUUUCUUCCUGACCACCAAAUGGAGAUGGUUGAGGAAUCAAGCUCAUAGUAUGACACACUCAAAUAGACCUAGGAAUCUCUUUUUGAUUUCCCCACUGAGACACUUUAUCACUGUCUCUUCUCUUUCCCAUCGUUAAAUCAGGAGUUGUGUUCUCUGUUGCUGCUAAAUUAUAAUUGUUCGUGGCUCUAAUGAAGCAAAUAUUUGGCUUCCAAACAAAAUAAUGCUUUGUUAUGAAAUGGCCAUUUCAGAGGCGGCAUCAUAGUCUAGAUAGUCUGUGAGGGGGAACUGAGAUGGACCUCAGAGUUCCAGAGUACAGAGUACUUUGCCCCCUCCUCUUAGGCUGUGCGUUUGAAUCAAAUGCCUCCCUUUAGCCUGAGUUCCUAAAGAUCUCCUGUGCUUAGGUUGCAAACUCAGAUCCCUAUCUAGUCCUGUGUGACUACUGAUAUACCACUAGCCCAGACUGUUGGGUCUCUCUGUGUUUUGGUGGACUGGGGGUUUAAGAGUAUUUAAUGUCUUUUUAGAAUCACAAAUGUAGAUAAAGGAUUGUUAAUAUUCAAGCCUUCAGAGUUUAAGUGUUUUAAAUAUAGUGUUCAGAUUGUAAUGGGUAUGUUUUGCCAUCUGGUCUACUCAAAUGUAUAUUUUUAUUUUGCAAAACAACCCAAGAUGUACUCUGUGUUGCUUUGUUCAGUACCUUUUGAAUUCCCCAGAAGAGUUGGUUUCAAAGCAAACAUUCCAAAAUGAAUGUGGCUCUUCAAUGGAAUGUCUCCAUUGUGCUUGAAGUAUUUCUUCUCUGGUUGUAAUUUUACAUUACAGGGUCAUUUAUUUGAACUAUCCCCCACUCCCCCCAUUAUCUUUACAAGAGCAGUCAGUGACUUUGUCCUCAGAUAGAGGAUGUGUAAUUUUCGGUGAAACUAAAUUACAGUUUGAGUUUAUUUCUAAACCUGUCUAUUUGGUAUAUUUCAGUAGAUCAAACCAAGAGAAAGUUCCUUGGUUUUAAAAAGGAAUGUUUUGAUUGCUUUGGGUAUUGUGCUGGCUGCACACUUGGGCCACUUGUAGCAUGUUGAUAAAUGUCACUGAUUAAAACAGCUGGAGCAUUUCUUCCCCCAUUCCAGUUAAGAAGCAGCAUACUGACAUCCCAGCAUCCCUCACUUAACCUGUAAUGACAGCUUACAGGCUGAGAGGGAACAGAAGAUGAGAGCAUCAGUAAGCUCCGUCUCUCUGGAUCGCUGCUGUUCUUGCUCUCUGAGUAACAGAAUAAUGUUUUCUUUUUCUUUUUUACCCAAAGAAAGGAAGGUAAGGGGGGAAAUAUGUUUGUAUAUUUAGACUACUCAUAAUCUGUCAUUAAUUUAGCAUAGAGCUGCCAUAUAUUACAGCAACUGAAUAUAAUAUGGAAUAAGUUUGACUAGUUCAAGUUUUAGGAUAUGGUUGAAGUUCUUAAUUUUUUUCAAUUUUAUCUAAAAUCUUUCUAUUAUAUUUAAAUCAGAACCUAUCUUACCGCAGCAAAUCUAUAUCACAAUUUACCAGCUCAUUGACAGUAGUUAUCAGCAUCACCAUGUAGCAUUUUAUCAUCUUUGAAUUAUGAUAGACUUGAUUUGGCUAAUUUCAAAAAGUAUAGGUUUAAACUGGACUUGCCUUUAGUUAAAAUAGAGGGAAGAAAAUUUAAAAACAUACAUACGAUAUUUCACAAGAAAUCUGUUGCAUAUUAUCAAUUACUUUAGUGUUAAUAGAGAGGAAGAUUACUGUUAAACCACAUGGUAUUUGGGGGCAUUGAAGGGAUUUUUCUUUCUCUAAAAGCAUUGUACAAUUAUAUUUUUAUGAAAAAAUAAAACAUCUUCACCAGAGAUA